AUGCCGAGGUUGUACCUAGCUACUGCAGUUGGCCUUGUGGGAGUUUCCGCGUUAGGAAUAACACUUGACAUUCGACGUAAAAGGCGGUCAGAGUUGCACUCAUUUGGCUCUAUGCUUCGACAGUAUUUCGAGUACUUCUUCUUGUCCUUUUUUGGGGCGAGAAUGAGAAGAAAACUGGAAAAUGACAGUGUUAAUUUCGCCGAAGUGCAAGAAGAAACUCAAUACCCUGUUUCAGACCUGCCUUAUAAUUAAGUUCAGACCAAUGUUAAAGAAUUUUGACAUUGAAGAUUCUUCUAAAAAGUGCAAACGCGGCAAAAUAGCCAAAAUCGAUACUCAAUUUAUGACCAAAACGGCUGAAAAACCCUACCCUUUGGGGCCGCACAUACCUAUAUAGCCCAUAUUAGGGAGUACCCCCCCCGGGUGAAUAUGGUGUUAGGUAUAAGUUUGGUGACAUAGAAGGCAAAAAGCAGUAUGUGGCCAUGCAUCCAUUGACAAGACAUAUUCAUUAUAAAGAAUUUAUAGGUGAGAUUUUAGGCCUUCCUUGAGUAGAAGGGAAGGCACUACUUUAUGCCGCCAUAGGCAGUGGCUGAGGGCUUGAUUGAAUUCUGCUUGGAUGCGAGGGGUGGGGGGGGGGGUGGUGCAGGUUAUCUUAAAUAAUGGAGGAGGAGGAUAGAGGGGUGGAAGCCUGGAAGAAUGGGGGGUGGGUGGGGUAAGGGAGGGAAGCAGGAGAAAUGAGGGAAAAUAAUAAUGCUUAAUAUUUACAGAUGCAAAGGGAUAAAAUGGAGGAUUAGCCAUGAGAAUAGUGGUUCGAGCUGGGGAUGCAAAGAAUAAUGGGAGGUGGGAAAUUUGGACAGCCAUGUUCCCCCUCUUAGAUACAAGAGGUGAAGAAAGAGUGUCUGAGUUAAGAAAGUGGAGACUGUGUACGUGUGGAAAGAGUGUCUGGAUUAAGAAAGUGGAAACUGUGUAUGUGGAUAGAAAGGUGGAACUUGUGUGCUUUUAAUAUGUAGCUUAUCCGCCAGGUAAGUUGAAUGAAGAAUGGAAUUACUGUCUGACUAUAAAUCCUAGUGAAAGAACAAUUACCUCAAUAGUCAUCGCAGAAUCUGCUGGACUUCAGAUGCCCGAUAGGUGAAUGAUGACAGAGGGGUUGAAUGUGGCUAAAUGGAAUUUAGGCAAAGUUAAAAUAGAAACAAUGCUGGCCAGCAAUUUCUUGUUACCUGGCUUGGGGUGACCCCAGGCAUCCAGCAGGGGAACCUCGUGAUACAUAAAUGCAGUUUGCUUGCUUAUAGUUACUUGCCAAGUCAUAUUAAGCUUGCCUGCCUUUGCCUUGCUUAAAAUUUUCUGCCCGCUCCACCCUCCCAAUUGCCCCUCCUACCUAGGUAAGUAUUGGUGGUAAGUAAUCCAUUGGUGGUGGCCACUUGCAGGGUUGCAAUGGAUACCUCUUUUUCUUGCUACAGCUUUGCCCGGCUCCACCAAUUCUCAAGGCACCAGCUCCCAAGCUCAUCUAUUGGUGAUGAGUUUAAUGUUCAAUGAUGUCCACAAUGCAUGAACAAUUUAUUAUAAUGAAACUUUAUAAUUGGAGUAGACAGGUAGACACAAUUUCAGGACUGCAUUGAAGCAGUUUGUUGUUAGUAUAUGUUUAUAUAAUGUUAAUAUCAUGGGUGGCAAAUUACUCCUAAAUUUUGGCAUGAAAUUUCAGUGCUAAAAUUUAUAAUUUCACAUGUGAAAUUACAAAAAAAUCAAUUGCCGUGACAUAGCUCCAUACAUCUCAGUGCCAAGAUGGCAUCAAGGUUAAAAAAUGUUAUGAAGAUGCCUGGGCAUUAAAAACGCUUCAGAAAUCAGGAAAGUCAAAGAGCAUAUCAAGAAAGAUUCUAUCAUGUUUUUUGUUGAAAAUUCAAGCUCCAAACUUUUCAGUGUGGGGAGUUCUUGAUCAACAAUUGAUAUGAUAAACAUGUCAAAAACCCAUGAUUGUGAAUGUAAUUUGUCACCCAUUAUAUUAAUAGGUAAUCAUAUGAUAUGCUUGUAAAAUUAAGGAAUAAUUUCACUUGCAUUUUGUCUAGGUGAGGGAAGUUAUUAGAAUUUAAACAAAAUGCACAGGAAAUUAUUUCCUAAUUUCACCCACAACAAUUUGAUUACACAUACUAAUGUGUCUUUGUUAAUUACCUUGAUUAUAUAGAUCAGGUCCUUUGUGGCAAGAAGAACAUUCUUACAGCAAAGGAUCCAUAUCAGAUUGGUGUCACUUCAGGCACUUCUGGGAAAAGUUCUCUGCUUCCAACUACCAAUGACAUAUCAAAAACAUUCCUUAUCAAUGGUGUUUUUGUUGCAAUAAGUACCAUGUUUGAGGCUUUUCCUAAGGUAAUAGCCAUUUGUAAACUUGAGUAAAAUAGACCUGCACCUACAUGUGUAGGUCUGUAGUAGCCUGCGAGCAGGUUCACUGGUGUGUCAGUCUGGGUAAAUUUUUGUGGCAGAGCUGGGGAGGAAAAUGGGGCUCCACUGCCAAAAUUUUCCCAAAUUGCACGAGUGAACCUCUUGAACUAACCCAGGCCAGGUUUCAGUGAAUGAUAUUGCCAUGCAUAGGAUUUUGUCCGCAGAUUUACUGCUACAACCCUGGACAAAACUGUUGAGACAUUUCCAUGUAAUUUUCAAUUUCACCACAUGCAACCGUCUCGUUGAAACAGAACAAAUUUGCCCCCCCUCCCCACCCCUUGUGCAAUGUUGUUUUGGCCUAACAGCUCACGUGUGCAUUUCUUGUGUUACCACAAGCAAUAUUCCAAUAGGGGAGGGGGGAACAGUCUCUUAAUUUGCAAUGGUAACAAUUUUGGCAGGGCGACUGCAAAAAAUAGGUAUUUUUGUAAUGUGUCUCAACAGGCUUUGUUCGUAGUUGUUGGUGCUAAAAGGGAAUCAAAAUAAUCAACUUACCAUAGCUUGGUCUAGGACUGGACUGAAAGGGUUCAGUGCUAUCUGCUGUUACACCGUAGCAGUUCCUUAUAACACUUCUGACCAUUGACAUAAAAAUUCUCCAGACUGAUCUCUGUACAUUUGAUCAUCCUCUUUUUUUUUCUGUUUACCGUCGUCUGACCGACCCAAAUUUUUGGCAUUUUAAAAAAAAAAAAACUAACGAUGUAGUUACACCAUUUUUCACUUGAAAUAAUUAUUUUAAUCUGAAAAAUGAACAUGGUAACAGCAUAGAGAAAAACAGGAACAAAAACAUGAACAUUUUUCACAGUAUAUUGUAGAUUUUGUUAAUCCAAAUAUGUGAAUGCCGGUUAACUUUUAACGUCGUCCUGCGGUACCAGGGCCUACUAUUCCAAGACUUCUUGUGAUUUUUUUUUGCUUUUUUUUUGUCAAUCCGACCGACCGACCAACCCAAUAUCAGGAAACACAUUUUACAGCAAACGAAGAAAAAAAGGGGAUGGCCUUUCCUUAAAAAAAAGAAUUAGUUGAGAGAAUUUUAUAAAAGAUCAAAGCAUUUCAGUUCCGUUGUAGGUGAUCAUUAUGGUAACUCUCAUAACCUUUUUCCUUCAUGAUGAGUUAAGAUAUUGUUAAGAGAAAAUUGAUGUUGGUCUCUCUGAGGACUUGAAGGUUUAACAGUUCAUUAGUUGAUUCCAUUUAAAGUUUUGAAGUUCUUUCCUGGCCAUUGUUCUCUUGCAGACUUAUGAGCUACAGAAAAGCUUGAAGUUCUUUUACUCCCCAAGGUGGCAAUACACAGAGUCAGGCCUUCCCAUUGGUCCAACCUCCUCUUCACCCAGUAAUUCACAGCGCAUCCUACACCUCUAUUCAACACCAAAACCAGGGUUUGACAUCUUGACAGAGCCCGAAGCUUUAUACAUUCACUUGCUGUUUGCUUUAAAGGAUAGAAACCUUGGUAUCUUAGAAGCAAACUUUGCACAGAUUGUGUAUUCGGGACUGUCGGCUCUUGAGGCACAGUGGAAGUCGCUGGUGGAGGAUAUUGAACUGGGAAAAGUGAACCCCAAUUUGGAGAUUGAAGAUGGUGUCAGAAGGUUGGUAAUGGCUUCAAAAAUAUGCAGUAAAGCCAGUUCAAACUUCGCCAGUCGAUUUUAUUAAUAAACUGAUUUUUCAAAAAGUGAUUCCAAUGGUCAUUCCUGCUACCAUUUUCAAAAUCAAAUUGGUAUUCAUACAUGGAUAGUAGCAGUAAAUUUUAGACUGAAACUUCGCUGAUUUUGGUCUUGGUCUUAUUAAGUCUUUCCCACUUUGAAUUGAUAAAGUUCCUGCAAAUGUAUGAGGACAUUGUAUUGGGUCAAAAAAGAAACCUGAACAACAGAACUUUUUACUACCUCACGUGUGAAUUCACUGCUCAUUGCAUGUACAAGAAUGAAGAAUUGAAUCUCGUAACAACAAUGACUACGGGAUUUAACUUUAAACUAAUAGAUUCAUACGCAGAAUCAAGCAGUACCUAACUCUUGACCUGACUUGACUGUAAUCAUAUUUAAAUCUCACUUCCUGGGUUUUCCCAUGAGUAGACACCCAGUCCUAAUGACAACAAGAGCAACAACAAUCUUUAUUUGUACUCAUUCUUGCUAAAUAAUAAAUUAUGACAAUAAAAAUAAUGAAAGUAAAAUUAGAGUACUAGCUGCCUGGAAUAACCAUAGGGGCUUGUGGAGCCAGGCAGCCAGUUGACAUCAGAGGAGAAGUACCUGCACCUAAAAUAAUGUAUUCCAUAAGAAUACAUUAAUUAUUACAAUCAUGUGUGAAACCCCCUCAUUUGUGACAAUGCCACCAACAAGCAGGUACUACUCAGGGGCACCCAACGGCAAUUUUCGGGAAAAUAUCUGUUCGGAAGACGAUUUGGGAACUAGAAUUUUCGGAACAUUUGUUGUCAAAUUUCUUGCUUGCCUGCCUCUUCUAGGAUUUUCAAACAUCUGCAAAAUGGUAUGAUUACCCAUUUUAAACGGAUAUUUACCCUAAAAAAGGCCACCUAGAAUUUUCGGGAGCCUUUUCCUGGGUGAAAUUUUCGAAAAGGUAAGUUUUGAUCCCUAUAAUUUUCGGAUCACCAGACUUUCAGCUAGGAAAUCCGAACAGAUGAAAAGUUUUUAGGGGAUAAAAAUAUGCCUAUAUCUACCGUUUAAAUACUAAAAUAUGUUCAACAAUGCUAUGUUGAUUUGUUUUGAACUAUAUCCUCGUUGGGUGCCCCUGACUACUCUACAAAGGGACUCUGUAAAAACAAAACCCUUCCCCCCUCCACCCCAACCGAAUACAUUUUCUACCAUAGAGAAGAAAGGUAAUGAUGUCAGAAGAACUAAAUUUGUGAAAUUAUAGGACAAGUUGGCAUAUUCCAAAAAAAAAAACAAGAUGAACAAUGUUCACUAGCUAAAAACAAAUCUAUUGAUACAAAUGGGUGGGAAUCGAAGAAAUAAGCACUGUUACUCUUAGAUGACUCCAUACAAAUCUUUCUAAAUUAGCGAUCCAAGUCAAUUUUAGAAGGAUUGGUAUGAGUUCAUCGGUUCUCCUUUUUAAUAAAAUCAUUGGUUCUUUUGUUUCGUCUCUUUAAGAAAACUGAACAACCUUCUUAAACCAGACAGGAAACGUGCAGAGGAGUUGAAGCUGGAAUUUUCCAAAGGAUUUUAUGGCAUUGUUAAUAGAAUAUGGCCUCAUAUAAAUUUGGUCCUUGCUUGCUCAACAGGUAUUUAAACUGUUAGACUUAACAUUACACAAAGAUGUAACUUGGCGUUAGCAAAAGACGCAGUUUUAAUCAUUCGUCGUCAUCAUCAUUCUCUUCAUUUUGCGCAUGCCCGAAUGCUUCACCAGUUGACCGAUGAUCAGAAGAAAACACAUUGUCAUUUUCGCAUAUUCUUUUAAUUUACCUAGCCAAUUAUUCUUGAGAAACAAGGGCGUCAGCCUGAGAAGAAGAAAGAGAGACUGCUUCUAUAGCCAAAGCAAAUGAAUUAUGCAUUGCCCUCACAAGGCAAACAACCGAAACCAUCGACAGGGGGUUCUCACGUUUCCCGAAAAUAAAAGUCUCUCCUGUCUCGCGCCUUCGAGCGUCUGGCUCGACGGACCUGUAGAAAAAAGACAGACUGCGCUUAGUCCACUACACUAGAGUUAGGAAAUAGUUUUUCUUGUCUUGACGCGUUUUAAACACUCGUGCACCUGAAGGAGGAAAGGUCGUACUUAUUGAUAUAUCUUCUUGUUUUUUUUAUCAUUGCAUCAUAGGUUCUUCUGAACUCUACGCUUCCAAACUGAAGGAGAAAUACCUAGGCGAUAUUCCUAUUUAUUCGCCAUUUUACGGCGCAACUGAAGGGCUUAUUGGAGUCAACCUGUGGCCGGAAGAAGAGAACCCCGUGUAUAUGCUGGUACCACGGGCCAUGUUCUUCGAGUUUAUCCCUGUAGACGAAAGCAGUGAAGAUCAGCCUACUGUAUGUACACCUUGUAAUUUUUCGAUUGCUGUGAAGCUACUUAUUUUCUUUUUCUGCCUUGAGAUAUUUAUUUAAGCCAAGUCCCAUUAUGGCUCUUGUUUAUGCACAUGUGGGAAAAUUGCUUAUUCGUUUUUCGUGUUCCAAGGUCAUCUCUUUGUGCGCUUAACAUUCGCCUUGAGAUUUCUUGUCGAAAGACGAGGAUUUUCAUUUCAGUAAAAGUUAAAACAGAUUCCCGCGAAGGGGAUAUUUAUAGGCCGUUUUUGUUCUACAACUAAUCUCUCUGUCUUUCUUACUAACAUGUUGUAGUCAAAGUGUAUUGAGCCAGUGGCAUUACAGUGGCUCAAGGGAGUAAAUCUCUAAUAGUUUUCAUUUGUAUUCAGAAGGCGUUUCCCUUUGGAGUCCAAAAAACCUUACUAGGGUGCUUAAGCAACCACCACCACGACAACAACAACAAUCUCAAGAAACAAUUUUUUAAUGAGCAAAACAACAGCUCUGCACAUGUCACAUUUUUUGGUACAUUUCUUUGACGUCACGACUACAACGUGAAUCCCCCUAAUGAGGCGUUUUAUGGAGGACUUGCUGGGAGGACUUGAACAUACGACAACGAAUUUUCUUUUUUCUUUUUGAAGCUUGAUAGACUACUUAAGAAUUCCAGUCCUGAGGAAAUCGCCUCCAUUCGACAAAUUGAGCGGGUCCAAUUAUUUUCCCACCCGCAAAUAACUCUUAAACUAACCGAGGCCGGGGGAGAAAGGUUAUAUUUACAAUACAAGGUUCAGCUGUGAGAUGGAUUAAACAACAAUACAAUAAAUAGAAUAAACUAAAAUAACAAAAGUAAGUAAAUAACAAAGAGAAACUAAGUAAAGAUAAUUUGUUAAACAACUUGAUAAGACGGGGGACUUCUACUGCUGAAAUUUCAAAGCCGUGGUCUCUUGGUUAGUGUUUGGGCCUGACAUUUCACACGGCAUUGAUUUGCUCUCUGAAAAGAAACUUAUCAUGAAAGAAGGAGUUCAACAACGUAAGCUAAUAAAGUUUGUAAGACUACCGUAUCUUGAUUUUAUUUCCAGAAAUUUGCGCGAAGGUAAUGGUAUUGUUUAAUAAACUGGGCCCGGGUAUUUGUCCAUGUAUCCUUGUUAACUGCAUGUCAUUUGCUCCAUAUACAGCUAAAACCAGUCUAUUUCUAUCUUGCAGACGCUUUUCGCCGAGCAAACAGAAAUUGGAAAACUUUAUGAGCUCGUUGUCACAACUCUGAGCGGAUUGUAUCGUUACAGAAUUGGAGACGUUGUCAAGAUCGCUCGUUUCCAUAACAACUGCCCAGUAGUUGAGUACCAGUACCGUCAAGGGCAAAUUCUGAACGUCAGAGCAGAGAAGACUUCCGAACGAGUCUUUUACGACGCACUUAAGUCAGUGCUCAACCAAGAGGGACAGCGGUUUCGUUUGGUGGAUUACACAUGCGCAGAGAGUAUUAUGCUCGAUGACGAGAGUCGUGCGUUGAAAACCGCUGAUGUUAAGGGUACAGCGCCUUUUUAUGUCGUGUUUUUGGAGUUGAGUAGUGGGAAACUCGAGGAUGAAGAAAUAAAGACACUUGAAAACAAGGUAUGUAAAUUGCGAUUGAAGGCCAUCACCGCGAUAGAACGAGAACGUGGUACGGGGAGUUCCAACUCAAUGACCAAGUACUGGACUUGGCUCUCCGACAGUCUUAGACAAAAUAGAUGGAAAAUUUGUACCUCCCCCCCUCCCCCCCCCCUAAAUCAAGGAUGGGAAAAUGGUACGUUUUGGCUUUUGAGCGGCUUCAUCCUUGAUUUGGGGGAGGGAGUGGGUUUGCUGUUUCAUUUUAUUCUGUCCAAGAUUGUAGCGCCGAGCUGUUCUCAGUUAAGAGAUAAAGCGAGUUAGAGAAUUUUUAUACUCGGUGGUGUGCUAAAAAGAUUGCGCUACAGACAAGGGGCGGCGAUGUUAAACUCUCGACAACUUCUAUCACACACUCCCUUUAAGUUAGUAGUUUACUCGAGCUAAUAGCGUGCUCGACAGGAAGAACUUUUUUGGGGGACGGGGGGGGGGAGGGGGAGAGGGGGAGAACAUGACUACGGCCUUCCCUCCAUUUUCACUUUUCCACCUUUUUUCUUAUUUGUAUUCCUGUUAACACCUUGCCACGCAGAACAGAUUAGCGAAGCGUGGGCGAUAAUCAAAACGUCAGCAAUUAUCUUAUUUCGUAAGUAAAACCUAUUGUUUGAUAUUUUAGACUCUUUUUUGAGGCAUAUGUGAAGUUUUCGGCUUCUCAUGAGGCGCAAAAUCAUUUUCUUUUAUUUCGUUAUCUAGUGCUCCUAUUGGACACAAGUAACCUCGAACCGCAUCGUCUCUCACGUCAAAACCUCCUACAUCAUAACAUCCAAAAGUCCUGAUAAAAAGUCCUGAUAAAGCGAGGUCCUGGGACAAGAAAAAAAAAAAAAUGAAUGACGGGGAGGGAAGGGGAAUGAAGGUUUCCUUUGUUUGUAACCUUUUUUUGGUUCGUAACGUAAUAACUCGAUUGGAAACAAUUUGGUUCGUACGACAAUUUACACCCUCAGUUAUUAAGUCAAAUCUAUUUUUUUUUUGCCUUCGCAGCUCGACCAUGCCUUGUGCGAGUUCAGUCCUGUUUACGAGUCUUUCCGACAGAAAGGGAGCAUAUCUCACAUUCAGCUUUUCACAGUAAACAAAGGAACUUUCGUAGAACUCAGAAAAUAUCUUCUACGCAGCAAUCCUGCCGCAGCCAAUCAGGUUAAAAUACCGCGUGUUAUAAAGACUAAGCAAGCCCUUGAUGUGGUUUUAAAUAACAUUCACUGACCACUUAUUAUUUGAAUAAAUGUGAUGAAAGCACAUGGGGAACUAACAACAACUUUUAAGCUGUCGUGGCACAACUACGACACAAGUUGCUCGCAGAGCUUAAUUGAGAAUCGCCUUCAGUACGUUAGUCCAAUGCGAGAGCAGUGUAGGUAGACCUCUGUACAUUUGAUAAAUGAAUGGAUAUUGUAAAUAAAGGUAGUUGCAGUUUGUUUAGUGGAUAGUGCUAUCCACCUUUUGAAAAACCGGGGUUGAUGGUUUUUACAAUUUUUUACCCAUUCUGUCCAUCAUUCAAAUCAUCAGGAAAUCGAAACAGAAGGAUACUAGAGCAAAUUGUCGCUAGAAAUGAGUAAAUAGUCUUGGCCAAGAACAGGACUGAGGGCGAGCUUAAUUUUAAGCCAGUUACGUAACAAAUAUGUGCGUAAACUCUUCAUAAACUCGCUUCCCUUAUACGUAGGCGCUGAGUAAUUUUUUCAUGAUUCCGUCAGCAGGCUAUUGAAACCGCAGAAAAAUCCUUCCGUCAUUCUGUUAUUUUUUUUACUCAAACGACUCACGAUUUUGCUACAAAGUGUUUUUUUAACGACUUUGUUGAUGUUGUUUGUUUCUCGGUCUAGGAAAGUUAUUACUCGAUGAGAAAAAUGUGAAGUUUUGUGAGGGACGAAGAAAUAUUCGCAUUAGAGAUAAACCUAUUUCAGACGCUCAGCUUGUUUUUUAGAGCUUCCGACACAACACAUUUUCCAAGCCGGGAGUUUAUGACAGCGACAACGUCUGGGCCUUAAUGGCCCAGACGUUGUCGAUGUCAUGAGGAGCAAAUAAACUCAUUUGAAUUACACAGCAAAAUAAGGGGUCAUUACACGAUAAACGGUUACUUUAAUUUUUUGGUG